CUCUCUCUCUCUCUCUCUCUCUCUCUCUGCGUGAAUUUUCUUUUCUCUUUUUUUCUGUUUAAAGGCCACUUCCGCGUCAUUAAAGCUGAAGCCCCGCCCAGUCUCCGCCCACUGCUGUGUUUCCCUCCUCCAGACACGGCGUUGUUUAGGGGACAGGCGCACGGAGGCUCGGAGGCUCUCGCUCGGCCAGCAGGCGCACGGAGGCUCGCGGUGUCGGUGUGAAGAUGGCGGCGGCUCCGCUGUACUGCGUCUGCCGGCAGCCGUACGACGUGAACCGCUUCAUGAUCGAGUGCGACAUCUGUAAGGACUGGUUUCACGGCAGCUGCGUUCGAGUCGAAGAACACCAUGCGGUGGACAUUGACGUUUAUCACUGCCCCAACUGUGAAGUUCUGCACGGACCCUCCCUGAUGAAGAAGCGGAGGAACUUCCACAGACACGACUACACGGAGCCGGACGACGGCAGCAAGCCCGUGCAAGCUGGGACCCUGGUGUUUGUGCGGCAGCUGCAGGAGAGGACCUUCGCUAGUGCCGACGAGGUCCUGGUGGAGAUGCAGGGGAGCCAGGUGACGCAGCGCUACCUGGAGAGGCACGGCUUCCGUUACCCCAUCGCCGUGACUCAGAACGAGGGGCUUGGACUCCAGCUUCCAUCCCCAGACUUCACUGUGAAAGACGUGGAACAAUACGUUGGGGGCGACAAAGUGAUAGACGUUAUCGACGUCGCGCGGCAAGCAGACAGCAAGAUGAAGCUGAAAGAGUUCGUCAAGUAUUACUACAGCCGUCAGCGGCCGAAGGUGCUCAACGUCAUCAGCCUUGAGUUUUCCGACACCAAGAUGUCCGAGCUUGUGGUGGUCCCUGACAUUGCACAGAAGAUGUCCUGGGUGGAGAACUACUGGCCUGAUGACUCCUACUUCCCCAAACCCUUUGUACAGAAGUACUGCCUGAUGGGGGUGAAGGGCAGCUACACGGACUUCCACAUCGACUUCGGGGGCACAUCGGUGUGGUACCACGUGCUCUGGGGGGAGAAGGUCUUUUACUUGAUCAAGCCGACCCCGGCGAACCUCGCGCUGUACGAGGAGUGGAGCUCGUCGCCCAACCAGAGCGAGAUGUUCUUCGGCGAGAAAGUGGACAAGUGCUACAAGUGCGUCGUUCGCCCAGGAACCACCCUGUUCAUCCCCACAGGAUGGAUCCAUGGAGUUCUGACCUCUGAGGAUUGCAUGGCAUUCGGAGGGAACUUUCUCCAUAACCUUAACAUCGGCAUGCAGCUCAGGUGUUAUGAGAUGGAGCGGCGGCUGAAGACUCCCGAUCUCUUUAAGUUUCCGUAUUUUGAGGCUAUUUGCUGGUAUGUGGCCAAGAACCUCUUGGAGACCCUCAAAGAGCUGCGAGAAGAUAACUGCCUGCCUCCUGACUACUUGACUAAAGGAGUGAAAGCUUUAAUUACUGCACUGAAGACCUGGAUAAGGAGAGAGGUCACCGAGCCAGCCAGUGAAGUUCCCGAUCAUAUCCGACCCAACCAUCUCAUUAAGGAGCUCACCAAGGAAAUCCGUCACGUUGAGGAGGAUCAGAGCGGAAAUGCUGGGAGCAAGCCUGUGAAAUGGUGUUUUCACGAGAGGGGCUCCCACAUUCGCAAGAACGGUAGAAAGCUUCGGCAUCACCACCACCAUCACCACCACCAAAACCACCACCAUCACCACGCUCACGUACCGAAACCUCCAUCGAACCUGGACAUCUUCGAGCAUCACACUCAGGAGGUCCUGAAGAGACUGGAGACGAGACGCUUUGAGGAUGAUUCUUCUUUCAAUCUGAAGGUCAAGUUCAACAAGGUGUCCACGGCCUCAGCCGCAGCUGCUGAGAGUAAACUGGACAACCACCUGCGUCUGGUGAUGUGCAACGGACGCAUUAUGAGAGACGACAGGUGUCAUGUCCGGAAAAAGAACUUGUCUGCCAAAGAGGAAGCAGAUGACCACAAGAGGUACAUGUUGAAGGUACAUGUGAAGGAGGAGGAAACGGAGCAGGUGAUGGAGGAGAAGAAGCUGAGCUGUGCAGCAGAGCUGUGUAAGUUCGAGAGCUCAGAUCUCAGGAACGAUGCAUUAGGAUGCGGCAGAGAUUUGUCAGACUGUAAGGCAGAGGGGCGUUACGCUACACAGCAGUCAUCAAGAGAAAACUCUGAGAGCUCAUCGAACGAGGAAGAGGAGGAAACACAGAUAGAGGAAGUGGUAAGAAAGAAGCUCAUUUCAGGCCAAGGUGCAACAAGCGAGUGCAACUUCAGCAGCGCUACAGAUUCCACCCACGCCAUCCAGCAGCUCGGACACCACAACAAACCUCGUAAAAGAGAGCCUUCUACCUCACUGACUGCAGAGGAAGACGCUAUUCAGGGCAUGUUGACGAUGGCAGGCCUGCUGUACCCUCACCCAUCAGAGGAGGGCACCAACUCGCAGGAGUCCUGGUGGUCCUGUAAUACCCACCCUUCUCCUGAUUACAACGAGAAGGAAGCUGGGUCCGGAGAGGAGAACCCUGAUUCGGACAGCAACUCUACAUUUAGCAGUCAGGACGAGCGGCAGAUGCUGAAGCACCGUGGCAGGGAGAAGUGGACCGACCGGAACCAGAGGUUACAGGACAGCCAGAGCUUCAUGGACAGUCAGGGCAGUAGCAACAGCAGCGACGCCUGGGGCAGCCACACUCUCACCCAGGGAGAAGAAAGCCCAGAGUCACACUAUCAGUACUGUGAGACUUCACUUUCCCCGCUUCUGCAUCCGACAAAAAGACCUGCUACAAAUCCUCCACCUGUUAGCAACCAGGCCACCAAAGGUAAACGGCCCAAGAAAGGCAUGGCCACGGCGAAACAAAGACUGGGAAAAAUUCUCAAGCUAAACAGACAUAAACCGUUCUUCGUGUAGCACCGACGGAGAAAGAGAGAGAUGGAGAGAGAGACGUAUGUCUGUGAGGGUGACCAGGGUAUUUAAAGAGCACAGCUUCCAAACACUGAACAGGUCAGAAGCAUGACAUGAGCAUCACAGGAAGCAUUUCAUGACCGGGUUCAAAAGGAACAGAUGGAACCCGAAGAUGCUAAACGUCCUGGAAGGCUUCCAUUCCUGCUCUUAACGAGCCACGUCCUCUUUUUUUUUUGGAUGUUUCCAGGUGGUGUGCAAGCGAUGAGACGAUUUUCCUAAAUCGAGUCGGUGUCUUGAGGUAGAGGCACCGUGAUAAAAACGCCCUCAGCUUCCUCUUUUCCUUCGUGACUAUUUAGCAGGUCAUGACAGACCGCUCAGGGGCUUCAAUCAGGAAACCCCCCUCAAUAAUAACAAAAAAUAAAUAAAUAAUUUCUUACGAUUUUUA